AUGCAUCUCCAGCCCAAGGCUACCUCUUCUCUCCCUUCCCCAGCGGUUGCCGCUGGAAUGUGCCAACACCGACAACGAAAUCCCUCUCCUUCUAAAUCUCUCUCUCUAAAUCUCUCUCUCUCUGUCUCUGUCUCUCUCUCUCUCUGUCUCUGUCUCUCUCUCUCUCUCUGUCUCUGUCUCUGUCUCUGUCUCUCUCUGUCUCUGUCUCUCUCUGUCUCUCUCUCUCUGUCUCUGUCUCUGUGUCUCUCUCUCCCUCUCUCUGUCUCUCUCUCUGUCUCUCUCUCUGUCUCUCUCUCUCUCUCUCUCUCUCUCUCUCUCUCUCUCUCUCUCUUAUAUUUCACAAGGGAAAGUCAAAGCAGUGCCGCCCGCUUUGCUGCGCCGUCGGCAUGUUGGCUUCAUUUGCAGUCGCCGAUCAGCACGCGCGACGAGGCCUCCGAGGAUGCAGCUCUGCUCAGGCCCCAGCCCAGGUUGUGGCAACAGCGUGCUCUUAGCACAGGCGUGCGCCAUCUACAAGCCGCGCAGCCAACCACCGAAACCCCUGCCUCCGAAGAUGAGGCCAGCAAACCAGCAAAGAAGGGCUUUUUCCACUUCUUAUCUCGCGAUGCCAUUGUCGCACGGCCCGAUUACAACCGCUUCCUGAAUGUGCCGUUCAGCUUCCUCAUUCAACUGAGCGUCGGCUCAGUAUACGCCUGGAGUGUUUUCAACGCCCCUCUGACUCGCGAGAUUGGUGCUGUAACGGCUGCCGCCGAUGAUUGGACCCUUUCACAGGUCCUACCCAUCUUCUCCCUCUGUGCCAUGACCCUUGGUGCCACGACUGCGCUCCUGGGCCCUUGGGCGGAGCGUCAAGGUCCCCGUGCCGUGGCGGCAGCUGCCGCCCUGGCUUGGGGUGGUGGUCUUUUGAUCACGGGUGUUGGCACCGAAUUCCACUACCUCCCGGCACUCUACCUUGGCUACGGCCUGCUCGGUGGUGUUGGUUGGGGCCUUGGCUACAUUGCCCCCGUCUCCAAUCUGAUGAAGUGGUUUCCCGAUCGCCGCGGUCUAGCCACCGGCCUGGCGUUGACGGCCUUUGGCGGCGGUGCCAUGCUGGCCACGCCCAUAAACGAGUUCCUCUUCCAGCUCUAUUUUGAAACUCCCACGUUUCUCGGCAGUGCCGACACGGUGCAAAUGGUCACGGAACAGGGCCGCCGCUAUGCCGAAGUCGCGGGGGAACUCAAGGAAGUGGUCGUUGCCAGCAAGACUGACAUUGGUGCCCUUGGCUACGACAACCUGGAGCCGGGUGUUUAUGUGGCCGGCUCUGGCAACACGGGUGCCGCCAAGACCUUUCUCACUCUAGGCACCGGCUAUUUUACCGCCAUGACCUUGGGCGCAGCUGGGCAACGUGUGCCACCUGCUGGCUGGGUGCCCGCGGGUUGGGACCCAUCCCUUGCAGCCAAAAGCGACAUGAUCACCACUGCCAACGUCCACCACAACACGGCACUCAAGACUCCUCAAUUCUACCUCCUGUGGGCUGCUGUGGCUGGCAAUGCCAUCGCCGGUGUCACGGUCAUGAGCUGUGCCAAAACCAUCAUGUCUGAUGUCUUUGGCGCUGCCCUGCCGGGCAUUGUGACCGGCGGAUUCGCCGCUGGUUAUGUGGCUGCACUGAGCGGUGUUAACAUGUUGGGUCGCUUUGGUUGGGCUGCUGCCUCCGACUAUCUGGGUCGCAAGAACACGUACUUCCUCUUUGGCCUUAGCGUUCCCAUUCUAGCCGGCCUUCCCUCCCUGACCAACUACCUCAUUGAGCAUCCCAGCCCUGUACCUCUGUACAUGUUUUGUGGAGGCACGGCUCUGGUCGUGAGCUUCUACGCUGGCCUUUUCUCAGUGCUGCCUGCCUACCUGGCCGAUUUAUUUGGCCAGAAGCACGUCGGAGCCAUUCAUGGUCGUCAGCUCACCGCAUGGUCGGCCGCUGCUCUCGGAGGACCUCUUUUGCUGUCAACCAUGCGCAACAGCUCGUACACAUCUGCAGCACAGGACUUGGUGUCCAAAAUUGACCCCGCCGCCUUCGAGCGCAAAUUUGGCGCUGCCAUCGACCAAUGGAAACACCUGUUGGACACCAAAACCGUCACAAUUGCGCACCUGAUGGACAUUGCCCCGCCUGGAACCCUGGACCCGACUCCGGGGCUUUACAACACGACUCUGUACAGCAUGAGCGCUCUGCUGACGGCUGCCUUUAUUUGCAACAGUCUGCUUAAGCCCGUGGAUCCCAAGUACCACUUGCCUGAGGGCACAGAUGUCGCCGCCACUGCCCCUGUGCGUAGUGAGAAGUGACGGAUCUCUGCGCAUGAGUUGUGCACCAAUUUUUGUUCAUGUCUCAAAAAAAAGUAGUAAGCAAAAUCUAGCUACGAAAUGAC